UUUUACUAUCCGGAUUCGAUGCAAAUCCAGCCCAGUCGGUUGUGGGAGAGGAUCGUGUACAAAUUACAUAUUUACAGAAAUCUGAGAAUUUACCGAAAAUAUUUUGUAGUAUAUUUUAUAAAAGUUUAUUUUUUAUUGCUAGCCGGAGUACAUACUACUUAUUUACAUAUGCACAUCGCUCUACAGGCAUUACCAUUCUGUGAUAUCGUGGUAACAAACAUUUUACCACUCGGAACAAAAUAGUACCACAAAUCCGGUAGGAAUUUAAAUACAUAUUACAAAAUUAUUACCGGUACGGAGUAUACAUAAAUAUGUACAUUUGUAUGUGUAACUCUACCAGAUGUUGAACAUUGUCUUGUUAGUUGAUUUAUUAGUAACAAAUUUCGCUUUCUGUACAUUAUAUGCACAUACAUAUUUAAAUAAUGCUUAAAACUAACAAGCAAGAGUGGUGGUGGUAGUGUUUAAUUUAGGCUCAUUCCAUUUCUCUUUCAAACUGGCGAAAUUAUGUAUCCAAAACAUCAACUAUAUUAAAUUUAAGUGCCGACAAGUUUAAUUUGUUCAUCAUGUUAAAGGAUUAUUCCUCCCAAACAACAACCUGGCUGGACUGGAUGGUCGCCAUGGUUUAUAAGAAUUUUACGAUAAAACGCGUAUUUUUCGGACUUGUUCUGUUCGUCAUUGUCAUCCCGUGUUUCGACUAUUAUAAGAGAUGGGACUGGACGGAGUUACAUCCUCCCGGGAUAAUUAUGGAGAAAGUGGGAGGACUCGGGAACCAAUUGUUCAUUUAUGCUUGUGCCUACUCAUUAUCGAAAAAGUUGGGGGUUCCACUCUACUUGGAGAUUCCGUCGGCAAGAAUUCUUAACUCGCAGGCGAACCCAUUCUACGAUUCAAACGCGCGUCCCUACGUGCUCCACAAGUUUCGCGUCUUUUACGACAAAGCGAUCGAGGGCUGGUAUACGAGGGGCUAUCCGUGGAGUGAGGACGACGUUCUUCGCGUCAACGAUCGCGACCUGCUCUAUCGACCCAUUCCUACCAAUAAGCUAAUCAUUAUUCAGGACUAUUGCCAAUCAGAAGUAUUUUUUGAAGAAUACAUUCCGAAAAUUAAGGAAAUGUUCCAACUUGACUUAACUCCGGAAGAGCUAUCUCGUCCACCCAUCCAAAAAUGGAUCAACAUCAUCUCCGACGCUGGCGAGAACAGCGUCGCAAUCCAUAUUCGACGCGGAGAUUAUGGCGAAGAUGAGAGAAAAGAUAAUAAUUGGUUUACACCGAUUUGUUUCUACCAAAAAUCGGUAAAGACGAUGCUGGCGAAAUUGGAUUUGUCAAAAGAUGCUUCGUUUUUCAUCUUCUCGGAUCAGAUUGACCUCGUGAGGCAGGAAUUGCUCAGUGGAUUACAACUUCCGGCCAACGUCCACAUUCAUUUCGUCUCUUGUUCCUCUUGCACCACGAGCCUAGAAGACUUUUACUUGAUGAUGAUCUGCAAACAUGCAAUCAUCGCGAAUAGCACGUUCUCCUGGUGGGCCGCGUACCUUAACAAAAACGAGAAAAAGACCAUCAUUGCGCCAACUUUUCACCCUCAAACGCUCACAAUUUAUGAAGACCCAGAGUACAGAAGGUUCAAAGAGUAUGAAAUGAAGCUAUUUUACCCAGACGAGUGGAUAGUGGUGGAUCCCUUUAAAGACGAAAUUAUUAAAUAGUAAUUAGGGAAAAAUAAUUAUGUAAUUACUGAUUUUUUUGCUACGUAUUAAGGAAUCAAUAUUAAUUGCUUGAUGUUAAUCCAAUUUUGAGACGGACCAGAAAUAUUGCUUAAUCUACUGUAAAUUACAGCAUUAAUUAGUGGACUAGUUUUUUUAACUUCCUAGAAUACAAAUUAACCUUAAAAACUAAAUAAUCGCUUACAAUUAAUGUAAUAUGUGCAAUAUAAAAUUAAAAUGUGAUGUAAUUUAGCUAGUAAUGUGUCUUUGCUACAGAAUGUAUUGCAGAUACAUCCGUCAUUCAAAUGUAAUUUUGUUGUUAUUUUAAUCCAUAAAUUACUAAAUUAAUGAA